AUUAUGUUAAAAGCUUGUUCAGCUCUGAUCUCCUAACUAUCUCUCUUUUGAGGAAAACAAAUCACAUUUGUUGCUUAUAGAAAACGUAUUUGUUGUGUCUUUGGCAGGAUAUAAAUUAAACGAAUAGAAAGAAAAAUGGGUACGUGUAUGUCAACACAUUCAAAAAGCAUAAGGCCAUGGAGGAAGAAAGGCCGUCGCAGAUUUUCCAAACACAUUUCUAAAGUCUCUGAUGUCAUCUCCCAUCCAAAGAUUAGACGGGCAAGUGAUGUCGGGAUCCAAUCCGCUUUCGAUGUUUAUCAAAAUGAUGCUUGGUAUGAUUCUUUAAGUAUGUUUUCGGACUCGGAUGAUGAAUUUAUCAGCCUACAUGAAGAAUCUAAAUUUUGUUUACCAGGUGAUAAUAUUUGGUCAGAGAAUGGUGAAGUGGUUCAGUUUGAGGCUUCAUCAUGCAUUGUUGAUGAAAAAGGAAAUUAUGAAGAAUACCAUGAGAGUUACUUGAAGAUUGAUAGCGGUUGUAAAACUGAGAAGUUUAUGAGCAAAGGUUCAUACAAAGAUCUUAAUAGUUUAUCGGUUAUCACUGGGAACAACAAGAAACUAUUGGAUCAUACUGUUGGAAGUUUCAAAAAUUCGAAGGAACAAAAACGCGCCUCUCAAGAGAAAACAUUGAUGCCAAACUUGAGCCGGUUGAUCCCAACGGUUAGUUUCAAUGACAAGACUUUACACUCUCCCACAUCUCAGAAAAGAAAGUCUGCAGUUUACAGGCUUUCAUUCAAGAGGACAUCAUGCAACGGUGAGGAAGUCGUUGAGCAUAGUAACUUCUUAUACCGUCCAAAAGCAGGAUUCACGGUUCCUUGUUUGGCCAAAGAGAAGCAACAAUCCUCAGGAACUUGGUGUGAGAUACCUCCUUCAAAUUUUAAACUACGUGGCGAAACAUAUUUCAAAGAUAAAAGGAAGACACCAGCUCCAAAUCAAUGUCCAUACACUCCUAUUGGUGUUGACCUGUUUGUGUGUCCAAAGAAGAUUGAUCAUAUAUCUCAAUACAUUGAGCUUCCCAACGUCAAAGCCGAGUCAAAGCUCCCUGCUCUUCUGAUUGUCAACAUUCAGUUGCCAACCUAUCCAGCCGCAAUGUUUCUCGGUGAUACUAAUGGAGAAGGCAUGAGCAUUGUACUUUACUUCAAAUUACGUGAAGAUUACGAGAAAGAAAUCUCUCCGCAAUACCAAGACAGCAUCAAGAAACUAGUGGACGAUGAGAUGGAGAAAGUUAAAGGGUUUGCAAAAGACAACAUUGUUUCGUUCCGAGAAAGGCUUAAGAUCAUAGCAGGAUUAGUUAACCCUGAUGAUCUCAGUCUUAACUCCACUGAAAAGAAACUUAUACAAGCUUACAAUGAAAAACCUGUCUUGUCACGCCCUCAACAUAACUUCUUCAAGGGUCCUAAUUACUUUGAGAUUGAUUUGGACGUUCAUCGGUUUAGUUUCAUAUCAAGAAAAGGGUUUGAAGCCUUUCGUGAUCGACUUAAAAAUGGAACUCUUGAUCUUGGCUUAACUAUCCAGGCUCAGAAACAGGAGGAGUUACCAGAAAAAGUCUUAUGUUGUAUAAGGCUGAGCAAGAUUGACUUCGUGGACCAUGGCCAGAUCCCAACGCUUCUAAUCCCUGAAAAAGGAGAAUCACUUGAUUGAACCA